GGGACUUUUCAGUUCCGCAGAAAACUUUACUUCCUUAUUAGAAUUCUACGUAAUGUUUGUAAACAUUACCAUUAAGUGUUGCACGCCUUGAGUAUUUAGACGAAGUCAAAUCUGAUGAAGGUGGAUCUAUGUCAUGAAUUCAUGAUAAUACAAAUGGAUACAAAAUGUAAAGAUUGUAGGUUCUUCGUUGAAGGAAAACAAAAAAGAUAAUAGAGAAUAUGUAAAACGUACGGAACGCGUUUCAAAAUGGUAUAUUGUCAAAGAAAACAUACCUUAAACAACAUAGACUGUGUAGAGAAAUUUGAGAUGUAUUUUCUUAAUCAGUCACGGCUGCAUUCAGCAACGAUACCAGAUAGAUGUUAUGAAGACUUCAUGGAAAAGAUCAAAAGCCUUUUACUUGUGCACGCAGGGUUUGCGUGUUUUACGCACGAGUCGAAUCUUACUAUUAAAUGUAUCAACGAAAUCAGUGUCAAACAGUACAUACAUAUGGCGCAAUUUCCGAGAAUCACCGACUCAAUGUGGUUUGUUAGUUAUGGAUUUUCUUGUUCUGCUCAAACUGUCAGUUAUGUGAUUGUGGUAACGGCAAAGAACACUGGAAUCUUUUGUAUCGAUGCUGAUAAUAUAAACAGUUCAGAUGUUUUAUUGUCAAUCAGUUUUAGCUUUGUGCUUUCUAACUGUGUGCGUCUUGCGACUAUUGGUCUUGACCUAAACCUAUUGAGUACUUUCCAAACUGUCAACUGCUAUAAACAGGCUUUAUUUAAAAAAUGUCCUUUUGAUUUUUCUAUAUCAACAAAAUUGAGAGACAAUGUCAACUGUAAUUAUGAACUUGAAACGACUGGCUAUUGUACGAAGAAGCAUAACUUUUUAACUUUGGAAUCGAAAGGAAUAAAUGGUUUGAAACGAUAUUCAAUUUCAGCAUGGUACCAACAACCCUUGCAUUCAGUAAUGACUAAUGUGGAUAAGACUGAGAUUUUACAGGAUGUUGAAAAAGAAUUGGAACUACAAAUAGGCAUGAAGCAAGAAAUGGAAAUGGCGCUGAGGAUCUUAGAGAAGAAUAUACAUGAAAAACAGGAUACCAUGAUCUCAUUACAAAAACAGCUGGAGGAAAUCACAGCUAUUUACUUAGAAAUGUACCAAAAACUACAGAAUCUAAAAUUUGCCUGCCUGGUUAGAAGUGGAGAAACAUCAGCUGCUGAGAUACUAUCAUCAAAGAAAAGAAGUGAAAGCUGCUAUGACAUUAUCAUGAUACUUACAAAAGAGGAUGAUCAUGUGUGUUCAGCAUUUAGUGAACAGACUGAAAGAAAAGAAUUAUGGAAUCUAGUUAUCACCAAAGACCAUACUGAGACUGUUAUAAGCACCUAUGCUAUAAUUAAAGGUUUAUCAUUAUGUAACCUGACAUCUUCUACAGAAAUUUUAUCAAGUGACUGUUUUAUAGAAAAACAUGAAACUGAUCACAUACACAUGUGUCAUUCAAAAUCUGUUGCAGAAUAUAUAGAUCAUGACCUGAAAAGAAACAAUAUGCAACAAAAAGAGUUACAUAAAGGGAUGAUCUCAAACAUGAGAAGGAAUGUUUUAAAUUCAAUGAAUAUUAAAUGUUUAUUGGUUUAUACAUGUGAUGAUGGAGAAAUCAAAAUAGAGAUAGUUCAACAACAGAAUAAAGAAUUAGUUGUUAGUGUCAUUAGCAAUAUUUUUUUUCAAUUCCCACAAACAUAUGACAUAUUUAAUAUAAGUUUUAAUGUACUUUAUUUAUUGAUAUUGCCAAAAGUGUUGGGGUUUGGAUUAUCAAGCAACGACAACAUGUCACUUAUGAACAGUCGUUGUAUUGACCAGAUGUCUAUAAAUGAAAAAAGCAAAAGUGGACAAGAAAUAAAUAGAAAUAGGAGACAAUGUCUUAAUAUUCAAAUCUGUACUGACAUCAUGCAUUACAAUGCUAAAGAAGUUAUACAUUGCUGUGAUUAUUCAGGCCUUGGAAAGUGUUUAUUUGAAGAAUCAAAACAACUGAGAAGUGUUGCAUACCUCUUGGUUAAAUUGUGUGAUGGUCUAGUUUUACAUACUAAAAAAGACUUGUGGAGUUAUAAUCCUGUGGAAAGCAGAGAUUUUUAUGCCUGGGAGCAGUUAUUGGCUGUUUUUCAAGAUUAUUCUGAACAUAUUCCAUGUAUUCAGGCUUAUGGAAGCCUAAUGAAAAAAGAUACAGUCCAAAGAGUUAGUAAUACAUUAGUUUGUCAUCAAAUUGUACUACUGAUAGAUGAAAGAACCAAUGCAAGAGUUUUACAGGGCUAUAAGGAAAAUGGCAUUUAUCAAGGGUUACCUCUUGAACUCUCAAAGAACUGGUGUCAUAAUUUAAAAGAGAGUGAAACAGAUCAAGAUGCAGAAGAAAUGAGUGAGAAGCAUUUGGAAAAUGAGAAACGAAAUUUGCAAGAAAAUGAUAUUGCUCAAUCAGAAAUAAUAACUAUAGAUCCAUUUCCAGAUUUAUUUAACUUACUUGAAAACGUGACAGAUUUAAUGCAAGAUUUACCAGAACUGCACACGGAAAAGUUGGUACUAGAGGAAACAUAUGAAGACGAUUAUUACAUAUCAAUUAUAAACAGACCAAACACCAUGGUAUAUGCAAAAGAGGAAGAUAAUGUCAUGGAAACAGAUUCACUUCCUUCAAGUUUAUCAGAAUCAUUGUUAUCCUCUAGCUGUUCAGACGAUACUUCAUUAGAUAGUGCUGAUGCAACAUUUGAUGAAAAUGACAUGGAAUAUCCCCUCUCAAAUGCAAAUUCAAAGUAUAAAUGUUCUACUAUCGAAUCCUCAUACCAAGAUAUUCAUGCCAGAGGGGUCAACAGUAUUAAGGAGGAGAAAAGAUUUCCAAUUGAAUUAGAAAAUGUUAAAAAAAUCCUUUUAACAAAUCAAGGCAAUGAGUUCCGUUUUGAUAGUAAAACACAAUCAGAUGACACACAACAAAGAUCAAAUUUAGAUGUUUCCCAGUCAAACAUUUUGGAUUUAGAUCUCUUAGAAAAUGUAUUAUCUAAAGGUACAACAGAUAUUUUUCUUGUCAAUCAGCAACCCAAGUCAGAAGACACGGUGCACACAAAAGAUGUUCAAAAUGAUUCUAAGAAAAUACAUCAGUGCUUGUCAGCUUGUAUAGAUUUUCCACAAAUCAGUAGUGAAAACUAUGUAAAAAGUACAUUUGCAAGCUUAUAUGAACAACAAAAUUACUGGCAUAGUUCCAGUAAGCUAACUGAAAAAAUACUUUUCUCUUAUCAAAAUAUAUUCAAAAGUACUUUACAUUGUCAAGAAUUAGAACCAAGUCAUAAGAGGCAUGUUGAAAUCAACAUAAAUCAGAAUGAACAUUCAUUUCAAUUAAAUGAAGCAAAGAUUCAUCUUGGUCAUACAAAACUAUCCAGCUCUUUAGAUAUCAAGGAGUUCAUGGAUUUUUUAAAGCAUGACAAAAAUGUAAAAGCUAAUAUCAAUGAAGCGAAAAAGCAACUGAAACACUAUCUAGUGGCAUUUAAUGUCAAAACAAUUGAAGAAUCAAGAAAUGUAAGAAAAAGCAAGAGGAAACGUAUGUACAAACGAGCAAGACGACAGACGUUAAGUAAUCUUAUGAAGCAGUUCUUUCAGAACUUUGAUGACAAUUUUUGCUAUAAAACUUUGUCAGUAUCCAGAAAGAAAACAUUGAAUCAGAUUUUUAAUUAUCUUCCAGUUAGGUGGGACAGUGAGUUUGUAGUCUGUCCAAUUCAUGGUCUUAAACAAUAUUUUGAGCAAAUGUCAGUUCCUGUUUCAUCUAGGCCUGCACAUGCUGAAACAAUGAAAUUUGAAUGGGUGCGUGUCCGAAGCUUCUGGUCAUUCCCUUCUAACAUUAGAGUUUCACCCAUAGCAAUGGCACGAGUUGGGUUUUAUUACACAGGGAAAUGUGCUGAGUGCAGAUGUUUCUGCUGUGGAAAAGUAUACAGAGAAUGGAGAGAUGGGGAUGACCCUUAUCUUAUUCACCAACAGAUUUCACCAAACUGUUUCUAUCUAAAUGGAAUGGAAAGUGGAAAUGUGCCUAUCCAUGAGGAAGAUAGAAUUAAACCAAGACAUCUAGUUGAGCAGACCCUGUACUCAGCCAAUGCACCAGGAGAUAAUGCUCAGGCUGGGGCACUACCAGGCCUGACUAAUUCAGAGCUUUCACAGAUUCCUGUACCACAAAUUCCUGUUACACAAGAGAGACCAUUUGGAAGUAGUCAGAGUGGUGACUUUACUUUCAGACCUCCCGAGAGUACACAGUCAGGUCCAUCAAGCCAGCAGACAGUAAUAAAUCAACCUUUACCUGGUUACUUUGCACAGACACAACAGACUAGCCAAAAUACUAACCAACCAACACCAGCUAGUUUGCCAUCAGUACAGCAGGGCUCUACUCCAGUACAAAAUGUUCCAUCCACACCACAAGGUUCUGGUCCCUCUUCCUUGCAGAACCAACCUGCAAUACAAACGUCUAUUACUGUUGGAGAACAAAGUAGGGAGGAGUCAACACAACCUUCAAUUGGCAGUGGAACCAUAGCAGGAUCACAAGAAUCUUCUUCAGCAACAGUAUCUAUAGGUCCAUCAAUACAGCCUCCAGCAACAGCUACCACAACAAGUGGUAACACAAGUACAACAAGCAGUACCACAUCCCAACCACCCCCUGCCCCUGCCACAACUACAACAAGCACCACUGGUACAACAGGAAGCUCCAGUAGUUCUACAGCAGUUACAGAGCCAUCCAGAAGCAGAUUUGAUCCGUUAGGUAUUAACUUUGAGAAACCAAGAUACCCAGCCUAUGCAGUGCUGACAGUGAGAAUUAACACAUACAACGGUUGGCCUAAUUAUUUAGAUCAGACACCAAGAGUGAUGGCAACAGCUGGAUUCUUUUAUGCAGGUUAUGGUGAUUAUACAAGAUGCUUUUUCUGUGGUGGUGGACUGAGGAACUGGGAAGCUGGAGAUGAUCCCUGGGUUGAGCAUGCUAGGUGGUUUCCUAAGUGUGCAUUUUUGAGACAGAAUAAAGGAGAUCAUUAUGUCAGGAUGGUACAAACUAGACAUCAGGAAGCGGAAGCUUCUAACCAGCCAAUACAGUUACCUAGACAGCUGUCUGUCCUUGAUGAAGGAAGACCUGCUAACAUCAUGUCAUCCAUUCCUGUCCAGACAUUAAGAGAAAUGGGGAAAGAUGAUACCAUAAUAAAUCAGGCUAUAGAUCGAUGGAGAUCCAAUAGACAACAGACCGGAAGAUCACAUGACAAUGCAGAGCUACAGGCAACAGAGAUCUAUGAAGUUAUCUUACAAAUAGAGGAAGAGCAAGAACAAGGAGCAUCAGCACUGCCCACAACUGGACAACAAUUGGCCCUAACACAUCCCACUAAUCAAGUUGUGUCACAAACAAGUGUGGCUAUAGCAGAAGAAACAGAACAACCAACAGGAGCUGAAGGCACCACAGAUGAUCUGUCCUAUUUGGAAGGAUUUGAAAAAGUAUUGGAGGAAUAUGAAGAGCAGAAGGAUAAAUUGACCUGUACCAUAUGUAUGGAGAACCCAGUAGCUAUUGCAUUCCUACCUUGUGGUCAUCUUGUCUGUUGUCUGGAUUGUGCACCUGCCAUGAGAAAGUGUCCUAUUUGCAAUGAACUUGUUAAAGGGACCAUCAAAACCUUCUUCCCCUGAUGCUUCUUGAAACCCAUCUAGAAGAGAUUUCUCUGGAAGAAAAUAUUACAUGGUUUGCAGUUUUGGCCUUUAUGACCACAGAUGAGCUGCAUACUGUUAGGUUUCAGCUUGCACUUGAUCGUCUCUCAGAGAGAGGAUGAUUGCCUUUGGCCUUAUUUAACUGGUCAAUGAUAGAAAUUAAUUUGUAACGUAUUCAAUUUCUGAUUUCUUAUUUAGGCUUUUUAAUAAUCCUGUUCCCGAAAAGUUUGAUAUAUGUUAUAUAAAGUUGAUCAC